GCGGCAGAGGCGGCCAUGGGCGCGCGCGUCCGGGCGCUGCUGCUGGCGCAGCUGUUGGUGCGAGCGGGGCUCCGGGGACAGGACGUUCGGGAUCUGGACCAGCUGUUUCCAGGUAAGGCGCCCGGGACGCGCGCCUCCCCGCGCAGGGCACCUGAGCCGGAGCGCAAGGGGCGCCUCAUCUUUUCCUCUCCCCGCGCAGGUUUCGAGAACUCGUCGUUGCUCACGUGGCCCUGCGGCCGCCACAAAAUCCAGCCGCGCGUGGUGGGCGGCAAGGACUCGGAGCUGGGGCGCUGGCCGUGGCAGGGCAGCCUGCGCUUGUGGGGCGCCCACCACUGCGGCGCCAGCCUGCUCAACCGCCGCUGGGUGCUGUCGGCCGCGCACUGCUUUGAAAAAACGUUCUUUACAGCAUUCCCGUGCCCUUUUGUGUCGUGUUCUUUUCUGUCUUCUCUUCUCCCGGGAUGGCAGCACCAGCCGCCCCCUCCUCAUCCCACCUCCCCCGGUGCAGGUGCACCACGGGGUGGACCGAGACACAAAGAUCCCUCGAAGUGGACGGCUCAGUUUGGUGAGCUGUCCUCCAGGCCAACUUUCUGGAAACUGUGGACCUUCUACCAUCGGUACAGGGUGAAGGAUAUCGUCGUGUAUCCCCAGUUCAGUGGGACUUCACUCAAGGACAUCGCCCUGCUGAAGCUGUCCUCCUCUGUCACCUACAAUAAGUACAUCCAGCCCAUCUGUGUUGCGGCCUCUUCCUCUGAGUUCCAGAACAAGGCUGACUGCUGGGUGACUGGCUGGGGGCACAUCGAAGAAGGUCAAGUUCUGCCGCCUCCUUACCGUCUCCAGGAAGCACAGGUGUCCAUCAUAAACAACUCCAGGUGCGACUUCCUGUUCCGACGUCCGGGUUUCCUCAGUUAUGACCCGGAUGACAUGAUUUGUGCUGGCUCUGAGAAUGGCCAACGUGAUGCCUGCAAAGGUGACUCCGGUGGCCCCUUGGCCUGUGAAAAGAGAGGUCUGUGGAUUCAGGUUGGAAUCGUGAGCUGGGGAUCGGGCUGCGGUAGACCCAACCGGCCCGGGGUCUACACCAACGUCAGUGCAUAUUUUGACUGGAUCCAGAUGCUGAUGGCCCGCGGCACCCCCAGGCCAGUCCCCUCUCGGCUGCUCCUGCCCCUCGCUGUGCUCUGGGCCGGGCUCCUGCAGCCGGCCUGAGCCCAACGGAGUCCUGAGAGCUGGGGCCCUCUGCUGAGCCAGGCCCCGUCCCCCACCUUGUCCCUUUUCUAAUAAACUCCUUAGCGUGUUGGAA